UUUAUUGGUAAACAUAUUCAAUAAACACUCGAGCUCGAUCGAAACAUAUAUAGAAGAUUUACUGAGUUUGAGUAGUUGUUACUUGUUAGUAAGAGGGGAAGAAAUGGCUCAGCUUCAAAGGGUAGGAGGGCAAAUAGAGCUAAAGUGUGAAGCUGAAAAGAUGUUUGAAGUUUGGGCUCACAAAAUAUACUUGGUUCAAAAUAUGUGUCCAUCUAAAGUUCAAAAAACUGUGCUCAAUCAUGGGGAGUGGCAUAAGGUUGGUGCUGUCUUGACUGGGAAUUAUGUUAUCAAUAAUAUUGGUGAAUGUGCAUCGAUCAAGACAAGGGUGGACGAGAUAGAUGAAGAGAAGAAAUCAGUGAGGCAUAGUUAUCAUGAAGGAUACAUCAUGGAGAAUUACUACAAAACAUUUAAGUCCAAGAUGCAAGCUAUUCCAAAUAACAACAACAAUGGUUGCAUUGUUAUGUGGAGCUUCGAAUAUGAAAAGAUGAAUCAAGAUGCUCCUGAACCAACCGCGUACGUCGAUUUUAUGCUAGCCAUGGCUAAAGAUAUUGAUUCUUAUCUUUGCAAGGCUUGAUGAAUUAUCAUAUAUAUUAUAUAUUGUCCAAUAUGAUCAUCAUUCAUAUUUCCUGUGUGAGUUAAUUACUUUUUCGCAUAAAUUAAUAAAAGCCAUGGUGUAAUAUAUUAAUUACUAGAUGUGAUUCAGCUGGAUUAGGUAGAUGUUUGUUGGUUGUGAUCUCGUUAAUUUGAGGGUGUCUUAAUCAAGUACGUGCAAGGUUUAUGUAUGUAGUAUACCAAUACCACGUCUUUGUUACUGUGUCAAUGUAUACAUAUAACUAAUUUUUAACCUCGUGCAACGCAAAGAUAUAUCGUGUUUAGAAAUAAAAAUGUAUUUUAUUUUAUUUUAGAAUCUAUUAUCACUGGGCGUAUUUGUCUUUUAAAGUACAA